AGACUGUUUGGUCAAGCGGGCUUGCCGUCCUCUGCUUAGGUGAAUGUUUUGGAUGUUAAGCAGUAAAUCUAUGUGCAGUGGAACUUUGUGUAUUGUUUACUUGUGUCGUACAAAUUUCACAGUACUUGUCACUGUGAUAAAUUAACGUCCCGUUUCAGGAGCAUUAGGACAAAGCAAGGUUUAGGUUUGCCUGAGAACAGAGUAGUGUGAAGAGCCAGCGAAAUGAAGAGUGAGCAGUGAUGGAUAAUCAAGAGCAAAGCUCUCUUGAAGAAGAUGGUGACAAUAGACGUGGUCUUGUACUCUUCUGGAGAGGUUACUCCAAUACGAUAACACCAGAAAGACUGCCGGGCUUGGGAACAAAAGUGGUACUUCAGGCAGCCCUUGGAGUUAAUCAUGGAGUAUUCCUUGUUGAAGGUGGUGAGGUAUACAGUAUUGGACAUCUUUCAUCAAAGAAUGGCUCAAAGAAUGCCCACAAGCCCGGUCCUGUCCUGGAAAAAAAUUUUAUUGGACAAAGGGUAGCUUCAGUUGCAGCAGGAAGUUUUCACAGUGGAGCAGUCACAGUUGAUGGUAUUGCUUAUAUGUGGGGGGAAAAUUCUGCAGGCCAAUGUGCAGUGGCAAGCAAAAGCCAAGUCUCUGAACCAACCCCUGUUAAUAUAUCUGAUCCUGAGACCAGCCCUCCACAACUAAUUAGAGUUCUGCAGUUAGCCUGUGGGGAGCAGCAUACACUGGCACUGUCUGUAAGGAGGGAGGUGUGGGCUUGGGGUAGUGGCUGCCAGCUCGGUCUAGUAACUAAUGUUUUUCCUGUAAUCAGGCCUCAAAAAGUGGAACAUUUAGCAGGGCGAAUUGUUCUCCAGGUGGCUUGUGGAGCACAUCACAGCCUAGCACUGGUGCAACGUCUCCAGCCUCAGGAAGUAAAGUCAAUACCUGAGAAAUGUAAUCAGUGCCACCAACUGUUGAUCACCAUGAUGGACAAAGAGGAUCAUGUAAUAAUAUCUGACAACCACUACUGCCCAUUGGGUGUAGCGUUAAUGGAAACAAAGUCUAAAAGAGACACCCAGUCACCAAACCACACCAGUUUAGCCUCUGAAGAAGUUAAUCUCAGUAAAAGUACAGUUGUAGGAGCUGUUGACACAAAUGGUCAGACUGAAGAACAUGUCCCUGAUGCUGCACCAUCUGAAGCUGGAGAUACUACUGGAAAUGAACAACUCAACUCACAGAGAACGAGUGAAACUGUUAAUGGUACAAGACCUCGAAAUUCUCCAUAUCCUGAUGAGGAGGCUGUAAAAGAAUACUUCAAGAAACUUUCUGAUCAGUCACAUGGAGAAAAUAAUUGCAGGAACUCUGGUUUUGCACCUGUGCAGGAUGGUACAGAACCUGACCCUGCGUCACCAACAGUGGGCUCUGCUUUGAACAAUCUGGUGGUCUCUUGUGCCUCUGCAGUUGGGGUGAAAGUUGCAGCUACAUAUGAGGCUGGAGCUCUUUCACUUAGAAAAGUGAUGAAUUAUUACUCAUGUUCCCCUCAGUCAGGAGCUGCUGCCUUGGCAGGUUUGCCUGUCGAAGGCUUAAAGGAAACUAGGGAAGAGCAAGUUAAGCUGGAGGAAUCCAUGCAGGGCAAAAAGAGCUCCAGUUUGGUGGACAUCCGGGAGGAGGAAUCUGAGGGUGCACGUCGGAGAUUGUCACUACCAGGGCUGCUAUCUCAAGUGUCACCUAGGCUGCUUCGGAAAGUGGGACGGGCAAAAAUGAGAAACUUGGCUCUGACCCCUACAGCUGGAAUUGAAGCCGAUACACUACUGCCCUCAUUGCAGACUGAAGUUUGGAGCUGGGGGAGGGGAAAGGAAGGCCAAUUAGGACAUGGUGACAUACUGGCCAGGCUACAACCACUCUGCAUUAAGAGUCUGAACAAUAAAGAGGUAAUACAGGUGACUGCUGGAGCUAAUCAUUCCCUGGCCAUGACUGCUAAAUCCCAGGUAUAUUCUUGGGGAAGCAAUUCUUAUGGGCAGCUGGGGCACAAGGAAUCACUGUCUACAGUACCUCGUCUUGCCAAGAUUUCAGAAGAUGUAUUAGUUUGGGACUUGGCUGCAGGACAGGAGCACACAGUGUUCUUAGCAGAUGGAGAUGGAACACAGCAGAGUCUGUACUACAGUGGCAGACUGAAUUUUCAGGAUGACGCACUUGCAGAAGGAAAUGGCACUUCUUUGCACCAACCAGUGCAGCUCUGCUUCUCACCUGCAUUUGAUUAUGUCAGUAAAGUGAUUGCAGGGGGUCAGUGCUGCCUUGCUGUGGUGGAUAAGAAUGUCAUGGGCUACAUUGCGAGCCUUCAUGAGCUGUCAUCAUCAGAAAGAAAAUUCUAUGUGAAGUUGAGCAACAUCAAAAGCCAGAUCCUUCGUCCUCUGCUGAGCCUUGAUAAUCUUGGUUGUGCCUUAGGUGGCACAACUAGCCAGCUUCUCCAGGAGAUGACUAGCAGAUUCAGCAAGCUGUGUUACCUGAUAGGCCAGCAUGGGGCAUCACUCAACAACUUUCUGCAUGGAGCUAAGAAGGUGGCAACCCUUGCUAUGCUGGAACAUGCAGACUUGUUCCUGGACAGUUACAAAGAAUACUGUGAUGGUGUUUGCAACUUUUUAGUCAUGGGUGGAUUUCAGCAGCUUGCAAAACCUACAAUAGAUUUUUUCCCGAAGAACCAUGAGUUACUGCGUUCACUUGCUGAAGUAAAUGAAGACAUGCCUCUAACCGAUAUUCUGCAUUGCCUGUUUUACUUACCCAUCCAACAUUUGCAAGACUAUAGCAGAGUUCUGCUAAAAUUUGCAACUUGCUUUGAAGUGACCAUGCCAGAGUAUCAGAAGUUGCAAGACAUAAGUUCCAAGUAUGAAGCACUUGCCUUGCAUUUGAACAGAAAAAGAAAAGAAGCAGAGUUCACACUGAGCUUCUGGAGAACUUUUCCUGGAAAAAUGACGGACUCCUUAAGAAGACCUGACCGCAGACUACUUUGUGAGAGCAGUAACAAAGGGCUAACACUGCAGAAUGCUGGCAGGUUUUCUGUCAAUUGGUUUAUUCUGUUUAAUGAUGCCUUUGUUCAUGCACAGUUUUCAACUCACCAUAUUUUCCCCCUCUCAACACUCUGGGUGGAGCCUCUGUCUGAAGAAACCUGUGGAAUGAAUGGUUUGAAAAUCAUCUCCCCUGAAGAACAGUUCAUUUUAGUAGCAUCUACACCACUUGAGAAGACUAAGUGGCUAAGAGCUUUAAGUCAAGCGGUUGAUCAGGCACUGAAAGGUACCCAUGAUGAUGUAGCUCCUACAGGAGUUAAUGUACAGAGACUACUAGAUCCACCAGUCUCGCGCACAGCUACAUAUACAUUCUACAAAGAUGUCCGACUGAAGGAUGCAAAAUAUAAAGGCCGCUGGCUUUCUGGGAAGCCUCAUGGCAAGGGUUUGUUAACGUGGCCAGAUGGCAGAGUGUACUCCGGAAUGUUUAAGAAUGGAUUUGAAGAUGGGUGUGGAGAAUACACUGUACCAAACAAAACCCAAAAUAAUGCAAAUCAUUACCAGGGACACUGGAAGGAUGGCAAAAUGCAUGGUUAUGGAAUAUAUAGCUACUCCACAGGUGAAGUGUAUGAAGGUAUGUUCCAGGAUAAUAUGCGUCACGGGCAUGGUAUGAUGCGAAGUGGGAAGCUAACAUCGUCCUCGCCAAGCAUGUUCAUUGGCCAAUGGGUGCAGGAUAGAAGAACUGGUUACGGUGUGUUUGAUGAUAUCACAAGAGGUGAAAAGUACAUGGGGAUGUGGGUAGAUGAUCUUCGUCAAGGAUGUGGAGUUGUGGUGACGCAGUUUGGUCUCUACUAUGAAGGGAUGUUUAGUGCCAACAAAAUGAUGGGAAGAGGGAUCUUGCUUUCUGAAGAUGAUACGUGUUAUGAAGGAGAGUUUUCUGAUGACUGGAUGCUGAAUGGAAAGGGAACUCUUAACAUGCCUAAUGGAGACUACAUUGAGGGCACAUUUUGUGGAGAAUGGGGCUCUGGAAUUAAGAUCACUGGAACAUACUUAAAGUCAAAUGCAUUUGAAGCUGAAAAAGAAAAGACAGCCAGAAAAAAGCUUGGAAGUCUGGCAGUCCCUUCUGAUGAGAAAUGGAAGGCUGUGUUUGAAGAGUGCUGGCAUCAACUUGGCUGUGAAACCGCUGGACAGGGUGAGGUGUGGAAGGCUUGGGACAGUAUAGCAGUAGCACUGACCACCAGCCGACGACAGUACAAAGACAGUAGUCUGGACACAAUGAGUCGCUCUCAAACACAGACCUUGGAGAGUUUAGAGGUCAUUCCUCAGUAUGUUGGUCCUAUGACAAUGGAGAAAUAUGAAAAUAUUAAGAAGUAUCUUAUGAAGGCAUGUGAUACCUCUCUUCAUCCUCUCGGAAAACUGGUAGAGACGCUGGUAGCAGUCUAUAGAAUGACAUAUGUUGGUGUUGGUGCAAGUCGCAGGCUGUUGCCACAAGCUGUGAAGGAAAUAAAGUCCUACUUGAAGCAUAUUUUCCAGAUAGUGAGGUUCUUGUUCCCUGAUCUUCCAGAAGAGGGCAGUGUAAUUACUUGCACAGCAUCUGAGGCAGAUGCACAUCCACACCUGUAUUUGCAGACUUCAGUCAAAGACUCUGGCUCUGAAAGCCCAGUAUUUGGGAUGAUGGUAACAAGCUCAGGACUGUUGCUUCCAAUGCUGCUGCCACGCUUGUAUCCCCCACUGUUCACACUGUAUGCUUUGGAGAAUGAACGGGAGGAAGAUGUUUACUGGGAUUGUGUCUUACGCUUGAAUAAGCAGCCAGAUCUUGCACUGUUAAGCUUUCUUGGUGUGCAGCAAAAAUUUUGGCCCAUGGCUGUGCGCUCCCUGGGUGAGAAGGAGAAGGUGUUGUCUAAUUCAAAGGACUCCUGUUUUUCUACAGCAGUAGAAUGCUUGCAGCAGAUCAGCACUACCUUCACUCCAGCUGACAAACUGAAGGUUAUUCAGCAGACAUUUGAAGACAUAACCCAGGAAGUACUAGGAAUACUGCAGCAAGACUUCCUUUGGUCCAUGGAUGACCUGUUUCCUGUUUUUCUCUAUGUUGUGCUGCGCGCAAGGAUAAGGAAUCUGGGUUCUGAAGUGCACCUUAUUGAAGACUUGAUGGACCCUUGUUUGCAGCAUGGGGAGCAGGGUAUCAUGUUCACAACUCUAAAGGCUUGUUAUUUCCAGAUUCAAAAUGAAAAGCUCACAUAAGAUGGUGCCUAGGUGAAUGAAGGAGAGCUGUUGUUUUGAGAACAAACAGUAGCUUCUGAUGCCUGCACAUCAGUUAAGUUCCCAUCCAUUUACUCAUAACAGAUGGGGUAUUAUUCUUUUGAAAGUUUCUGUAUGGACUUCUUCAAUACACUAUAGCACACGCUUCCAAAGAGUGCCACUUAGAAGAACAAGAGAAGUCAGGAAAAUGCUUAAAAUAGCUGUCAUCAUGCACACAGAGGAAUACACUGAGAAUUUGUAAAGUGAGCCUUGAGUCUGUCAACAUCUGCUGCUGUUAUGACUAGGCCAGUGACUUGCGAAGUCCUACAUUUGACUGAGGAGGUUUAUUACCAGCUAGAUCAGAUCACAAUGUCACUGGCUAAUACCACUGCCUAAUUUGAAUGCAUCUUUGUGAUGUAAACUCAAUGGAUUCCAUAAUACAGUUGUAACAUCAGUCAUGUUUUCUUUUUAUUAAUCAUUUUUAACUAGUAUUUAUAUAUUUUUCAGAAUGACUUGACAGCUGUUGAAACUAUGAAAAUACAUGACAGUAUUAAAAACACAAACUGCAGUCUUUAAA